UAGUGUAAGCAACAGAGCCAGCGCUGUGAGCCUGCGCAAAGGAGUUCUCAAAUCUGGCCGUCACCUGUAUUGAAAAGUUUUAUCGUGUAAUAUAAAGUGGGGAUUUGUGAGAUUAUGGACGCCCCCUAGUAGCGUGCGUGCGUCACAGCGCGUAGCGUCUUGCACGUAUACAGUGUCAAGUUGAAAUCGCGGUGUUAGUUACAGAAAGUGGCAACGAAUCGAUGUAAACAAGUAUACAUAAUAAAGAUGGUGACGAUCAGUGAUUUUUUCGUCAUGACAUAUUAUCGCGAUUAAACUUUUUAAUAUGAUUUUUACAUACUAUACGGACAGAACGGAGCUAAUUUCGACUACUGUCACGAUCAUCGAAACAUGCUGUUUUCAGUGAAGGUGCUUACUUACAAUUGUAAACAUAAAAAUAUAAUAAAUUCUGAUAAAAACUAUUGGAAUGAAUUUGGUUGGAAUAAACUUUUAUUGGUUUAUUUAUGAAUUUCUUAUCAUGUGAUAUGAUUUCUUUAUAAGCAGUGUCAAAAUAACGCGCAAAAUGUUUAGUUUUCAUAAGCCAAAGGUGUAUCGAUCUAGCACUGGAUGCUGCAUUUGUAAAGCAAAAUCUAGCAGCUCGAGAUUUACAGACAGUAAAAAAUAUGAGGAUGAUUUUAUAGAAUGUUUCCAACUUGAAGAAAGAAGAACUGGAGAAAUUUGUAAUGCAUGUGUACUUCUUGUAAAAAGAUGGAAAAAAUUGCCUGCAGGAAGUAAUCGCAAUUGGAGACAUGUCGUUGAUGCACGUGCAGGACCUGGUAUCAAGUCGUUAACAAAAUUUAAAUCAAAAAAUAAAAAGAAGAUAAAAGACUUACCAGAAAAGUUUGAGAAGAUUAUGAAAAAGAAACACAUGUAUUUGAAAACAGAUAGGGAUAGAGAACAGAGUCCUGCAAUGAGUGAUGAUUUAACAGAGGACUAUCUGCAUGGAGAUGGCAGUAAAGGUUCAAGUCGAGCUGGUAGUCCUGUAGGUAGUGAUGAUAUUCCAGUCACUGAAAAACCUAUGGAUAUGCAGGAUGAUACAGAAUCUAAGGAUGACUUAACUGUUAAUGGUUUUAUUGAUUUAACAUACUUUAAAAGGGAGAUUAUUUGUUGUGGAACAAUAUUUAAAGGUCCAUAUGGAGAAGUUAUAGUGGACCCAUCAUUAAUAAAGCCUUGUAUUGGUUGUAUAGCAAGGCAACAACGACAACAACAAACAAAUGCAUUAGGUUGUAGUCCUGUGCAUAGUUCUGCAUCAGCCAGUCCUGUUCAUAGUUCUGCAUCUGCUAGUCCUGCCCAUAGCGUAGAGUCUGGUACAGAGGCAACAGUCUCUAAACAAACAAGUAAGACGUUUAGUGACUCAUCUUCAGAUUCUGGCUACGAUGAAUCCUCCAACCAAGGAGUUGGCGAGAGUAAGAUAACCAAAAUCAUUCAAAAUACAAGUGCUACUGUAAAGCCAGCAGUUAAGAUACAACCACUAAAAAGUGUUCAAUUAAAAGCUAUACCAGUAUCGGAAGCUGUCAGGUUAAAAACGGAUGUGCCAAUUAAAUUGGUACCUAUUAAACAAAUUGAUCAACUGUCUUGUAAGCCAUUGUCUUUAGUUUCUUCUGCUAAUGUUACUUUAGGCAGUAGUACUUCACACUCCAUUGUUACCGUCCCGACUAAUCCGCUCGUCGAUUUUGCCAUGCACGCAGCCUCCUCCAGGCAAUCAGUCUCUAAUUAAUGUCAGUCUCUCAUAGAAUUUUAAUUUAUUUUUUUCUUAUGUAGUUAGAUGUAUAAUGCGAUGCAAAAUUGUGUGUUAUGUAUGCUACUAUUACCGUUCCAGAUAAGAAAGGCUCUGGAUAAGAGUGUUUAAGUUUUAUCAUAUCGAGUACAGAGAGUUUAUAAUGUUAUGAAUGGUAAAAGAAAUGAAAUCUUGAAAUUAGAAUAACUGUUAUAAGGUGUAAGUAGAGAGAUGGUGCUCUGAGGGAAGGUUACAUAGGAUUCAUGUCCUCAAUCGUUGAUUGUUGGAAGGAAUAUAUAUAUAAUUAUAUACGAUAUAUUGUCUUUAUGGACGUGAAUUCUAAAAGCGUACUCCAAUAUCUGUUAGGUAAUUUUAAAAAAAGAUAAACGAUGAAAGAGCACAGUUUUUCUACUGAAUAACCGUUUUUAGCAUAUAUAGAAUACUUAUAAACUGCCAUGAACAUCAUAAUUAUUAACUCUCCACAGACAAUUCCAACAUGUGGACAGUUUCCAAUUAUUUUUUAAGUAUAAUAAUUAGCUAUGUACAUCAAAAUACUGUGAUGACAUUUUAAUGUAACAUGAGAUAUAAGAUUAUUAUUCAACGAAUGGCAGUUUAUAGGAUUUUCGUCCUAAACAGUAGUUAAUGUACCUUUAUGGUAUAAAAAGAUUUCUUAUCCAUAGCUUUUCGUUUUCUGGACUAUUUACUAUUGCAAUUGUAUAUGUGAAUAUUUGUAUAGAAGUUCCAAGAUGCCAAUCACUUUCUUCAAACAUUUGGGUCCAAAAAUUAAAAAGAAAAAAAAAAUUCAUUUAGGGUCAUGAUAGCUACAUUGUACCAGAUGCAUUUGAUAUGAUCUAUGCGAUGGUCCAUGACGUUAAAAUUAAGUAAUUCAACUUAAGAGACGAAUGUGUUCAGGUACUGUAAAUCCUGGCCCCGUUAAUAGCAAUAAUAUGAAAAGUAAUUUUACGAUUAAAAUAAAUGAAGUCUGUUGAAUAGCAUCAUAUCACUAUGAUGAUAUAUUUAGACAGUAUUAUUAGAGAGAGAAAUUGAAUGAGAAUGUGGCAAUCAGAUUGGCAAACUGGACCAGCAAACUUUGUUAUAAUAUUUCAGGGUGACUGCAGCAUUAAUGUAAAAACAGAUAAAUAGCGGUUUAUUGACAUACAUAUAACAUAAGUGUAAUUCUAAAUAAGUGAAAACUGUUAGUUCCUAGUAUUCAGAGAUGGGCACAUGACAGAACAAAAGCACACAAAAGUACCUGUUGGAAGCAGAUUACUGUGAUGAUUGGAUUAUUCGCUUCAUCUUUCUUUUCUGUCCACAUAUAAUUUAACACGCACAAAAGAUUGUCCAAAUUUUAACUACAUUAUAUACGUAUUUAUGUAUUUGCAACAAGCCCAGGAGUGAUCUACAACUUUUUAGGACCAUAUUCUACGAGAUGCAUUUCAAGUAACAUUUAAAAAAUAGUAUCAAUUCUGCAUGUACCAUUCAAAUAAUUUUAAUGAUAAAGCCAAAGAGGUGUGAAAGAUACGCAUUUAUUUUAUAUAUUAGGGUCAGACAAUUUGGUCAAUAAUACAGAUUUUUUUAUUAAAAUAUAAUAUCUAACUGUGAAAUUGAAAUUUAAAAAGUUAUGAGCGUGCAAUACAUUGUAUUUUAUAUAUAAUAAUAUUGUGCAUGAUACAAAGUUUUUAAUCUUAAUUAGUGAAAAUAGAGAUUUUUGACGAUAAAUUUAAUAUAGAUAAUAUACUGAACUUCAAGAUUUUUUUACUUCUGGGAUAUUGGCAAUUCUUCUAGUAAAUUUUCACUCGCACAGGCAUUUAAUUUGAAAUGCCAUAAUUGUUGCCCAUCUGGCUUAAGCUCAUUGACAAUCGUUAUGUAACAAGGAAACUAUAACAGUUUUUCAUACGGAAUCAAACAUCGAAAUAACAAUUUGUCUAAGGACAACGUUAACCACCUUGUCCUUCUACAAAUUUCAAUUGUAUAUUUCUUUGGACUAGGAGACUUCAUGAUCUCUUUACUGUGAAUAUUAAUAACUACGUUUUUGUUGUAUCUCACACGUUAUGAUUUAUAUAUAAUAAUUAAUAUAUGUCAAGGAUAAAGGUUGGAUCAUAGUGUCAUAACUUAGCAUUAUACCGUGUAAGGAUUGCAUUUCUUUUUUCUUUUUUUUUUUUCUUGAAACGUUGAGAAUUUUUCAACUUGAAAGGCUCAAAUUACAAUUAAGAUUUCUAGAGUAUACUCGUUCAGCGCAUAGCUAAUAUAUACAAUUUUUUAAACAACCUUUAUAACUUUCUAUGAUCCUUCCUUAGAUAAAAAAGAAUAUAAGAAAUAUUUGUUUAACUUAUUUAUUUUGUAAGUUUAUUUACUUGCAAUAUAUGCUAUUCCUUUUCUACAUAAAUUUAUAUAUAUAUAUUUUUAUACAAAUUAAUCUUUGCUUUUUAUGAAAUAAACUUUUCUGUAGCACUGCCAGAAAAGAAGGACACUGUUAGGAACAUUUAUGAUUCCAUGUCAAUCUGCUGGUAAUAUUCAAUGAAUUAUUUAUUUUCAAUUAGUUUAUAUAUAUAUAUGUACACGUAUAUAUAAACUAACAAAAGUGUGUGAAUAUUAGUCUAUUGAGUUUCUUUACAUUUUAAGAAAGAAAAAAAUUAUAAAUGGUGCCCACAGAUUGAUUAGGCACUGUAUAUGUAUUGAGAUAAGCUUACAUAAGGAAAUUUUGUAAUGAAUACAAAAGUAGUCUCAAUAUUCAAAGUAACAUGAUUGCGUGAUACAUAAGGAAUACAAAACAAUUUCGUGUGUUUUUAAAUGAAGAGAGAAAAGAGGAUAAUAGAUUAAAAACUUUAUUAAUGAAAGAAGGAUAUAUAUGUAUAUAUAUUGUACGUGCAGCUAUCAAAAGUAACGUUACAUAGGAAAAUUGUAAACGGCUGCGAAGUAACAUCAAAUUAUAUUAUAUAAAUAUGGAGACAUUAUGUUAGAAUUAAGAAGCGUAUGUCGUUUAUAGUAUAUACAACAUAUUAGAACGUCCUUUAGGAGAACGAAGUUGAAUAAAAACGUAAUUGCAAUUCCCGUGCAUAUUGCUAUCAUGUAACUUGAAUUUGAUAUUUUUUUGUAAGAAAAAAGAGAAGGUACAAUACAAUUGAGAUACAUUUCUCAUCUACUGAUGAACCUUGAAGAGAUACAAAUUUUAGAUAAAGUACAAUUUGUGAGAUUUAUUGAAAUGUUUAGAACAAAUUGAGACAGACAGAGAAUGGUAUACUUGAAAAUGUAUUCAUCAGUCUUCCAAAAGACUUUUAUUAUGGGAAACUAAACACCAAUUUAAUCUUUCAAAUAUUCAUUCUGAUGUUUAAGUCUCAAUCAAAAUUAUUGUAAACGUUUAACAGGCUGAAUUGUGAGACUGAAAAUUAUUGAUGAACAUUCUUCUUUCAUUUCAGUGAAUCUUGCAAAACUUUUGUACGAUUAUUUUAAGCAAAUGGAAGCAUCACACAAGAUUUUAUCGAUAGAAGGAUUUAAGGAGGAAAGUUUUCAUAAAAAGGAAGGAAAAAUUUAAAGCGCCGGUGGUAGACAUUGAUGAUUUUUUAUGUAACAAAGUUUUAUUACUUGUAUAUAUAUAUAUCACACACACACACACACAUACACGUCAAAAUCAAUGACAUACAAUGCAUCGUUUGAAUAUGUCAAAAGUGUUGAAAAAAUAUUGUUGUAAGGUACGCUGAAUGUGGGUGCAAAGAAGAUGGAAGAUUUUUUGAAAAGACGCGUGAAUUUGGCGAAUCGUAUCGGCGGUCGAAUAGCAUUUUCCCAAUUUCAUCAUCACGAGAUGUCCCUUGGUAAUGAAAAUUAUUGACUGACUGAAAGAGAGAGAGAGAGAGAUAGAAAAAGAGUUAAGAAAAUGGUGCAAGUAUUUUACUACAGUGACCUGGCAGAUUCCGAUAUUUAAAUAUUUUGCGAUGAAGAAAAGAGAAUAUUCUCUGCAAGCUUUUUGUUCUUUUUUAAUAACCGAGAAAGAAUUCAAACGAUUCUUCGAAUCCGUCUGACAAGAAAUGUAUAAUUUUUGUUUUUUCUUUAACGAUGAUUCUGUAACAUUUGAAACAGUUCAUCGUUGCAUUUAAUAUAUAGUAUGUAUGCGAAAUACUGGUGCGACAAUUCAAACUCAGAGAAAUACGCAGAAUACUUUUAUUCCUUUCUUUCUGUUUUAUUUUUUGUAUUUUGUUUUUUUAAUUUAAUAAGUUUCGUUGUACGAUACCUGUAUCACGUUAGAUUCGUUUGAAUUCAUGUUAAAGUAAAUUUAAAAAAAAAGAGACAGAUUAAGAAAGGGAGUGGCACGAUUUUGUAAAAUGAUACUACACGAAUAGUGAUUCAUGUAAAAUAUGUAACACCUUACCUUGUAGAUGAAAUGAAUUUAAUUUUAUAAUUUAAAAAUGACGAAAAAUUGAAAGGAGUAAUCCACAUGAUUAUGGAUCUCUUGUAACAUACUACGAAUUGUAUUAUUUCAAAUUGUAAAUGCUUAUUAAACGGUCUUGAUUGACUUAGGUAAGGUGUUAAUUUUGUAUGAUGAAUGAUUUAACGAAUUGCGAUUUGUAUCGGACAGUAAACAAAGGGAAAGAUUUUUUACAUCAAUUAAUUAAAGAUAUAAACGAUUGUGAGACUGAUUGAUGUAUUUAGCGGAUAACUUUUGUUUACAUACAACUAUUAGAGAUAGGCGAGGAUAUAUUGUAUCAUUCGUGCAUAUACUAAUGAAAUUCUAACUUGAUAAUGAUAAGGAACGAUGACUGCCGCAACAAAUAUAUCUCGUUAUCGCAAUGAUUAUAUAUUAUAUAUAAAUAUCAUAUGAAAUAUUUGUAUAUACAUAUUGUAUGUUAAAUUUAGGCUUAACACACAGCAAUUCCAAUCAUUUGUACAAUGAUCGUGAAAACUAUUAUGUUGAUCAAUUGCCCCAUGGCUCGUUUUUCAUUUGAACGAAUCGCAAUUAACGGGGCAAUAGAUUUUACUAUUUGAAAGGAACAAAUAUACCACUUUUCUUCGCUAUGUACAACUUUGUAAUAAAACAGUUUACUCAUAAGCAAUCUGUCAGUCACGAUAAAAUUCGUACGAUCAACGCGAGAUAAUCAUCAACCCUUUCGUUACUGAAAGAUGACCAUAGUCACCUGUUAUUUAGUGCUUAGUAUCCACUAAGGAUGACUAUAGUCAUUUUUCUAUGAAAAAAGUAAUUAAAUACGGUAGAAUGGAACGAUUAAAGUAGGAUAAAAUUAAUAGAUUAGAAUUUGUACUGAUAUAAGUCACGCAAUUCUACGUGAUAAGUCAAAAGAAUUUGAAUCAAGUUCUUUGAUGUAGCGAAGGGGUUCACACGUUGACUGCCACGGACGGGGUCACCGGUGUCUAAUACCACGGACUUAAUUCGAGUACUGUUUAACUUAAUGUAGCAAAUGGAAAGUUUAAAUUCUAAAAUUAAGUUAUUGUAUCCUUAACACCUUAAUACCUGUUUGGCUGGUAAGGUGUUAAUGAUUCUUAUAAUAAUAUGUCGUACUACAUAUGGUUAUUUUCAUAGUGGCAGUCAGCGUGUUAACAUUAUCCAUCAGAUCGCUUUUCCUUUCUUUUUCUAUAGGAAAUUGUACAUUAAACAUAGUAUCCUAAAAAGAUUGUAUAAUUUAAAAAAUGUUUAAUUCUCUAUGCUAAAAAAAAAAAAUGCCAGUUCCUUUUUAUUUAUUUUAGCAUAGAGAAUUUAUAGUUUUCAGAUUAUAACUUUCUUGAGACUCAUCGUAUAUUUUCUUUUCCUUCUUUUUAUAAAUGCACAUAUGAAAUACGAAUUAUACAAAAUAUAAAAAAAAAAAAUCGACAAAUCAACACCAAUCGUGAAUUAGAUUUUGUACUGUAUAUUAUAGAGAAGGAAGAAAAAAGAAUAUGUACAUCUAAUAUAUUAUAUAUAUAUAUAUACACACACACAUACACGUAUAAAAAAAGUCUGUGAGAUACCAAAUUUUGAUAGAUAAAUAACGUAAACCGUAUAUAUGUAUACAUAGACAUAUUUAAGGGGAUGCGCGCAAUGUCUUUUUUAGAAAAUGUAUUUCUGAUCUUUUAUGUUUUUUUUUUUCUGCUUUAUACGGAUUUACGAGAAACGAAUCUACUAUUAUUAAUUAUUAUUACGUCUUUGCUGUUCUGCUGUGAUGAUUAGUCAGUACGACGUAUUUAAACUGUUUUUAAGAAAAAGGCUUCAUCAAGUUCGCUCGAAGCUGAAGAGAAUUCGCUAUUGCGGGGAUUCUCAAAGUUAAUUUAACGAGUAAUCAAGUAGGAUGUAUAUUAUUUAAUUAGAGGUCGCGAAAGAUAGCGGGAGGAUUAUUUAAAAAACAUUGCGUCGAAGCAUUUUGCAUUUGUAUUUUGGACACGUUUUAUUGUCGUUAAUCUUUUAAGACUAAAUUGAACAGCUCUUUUUUUUCCUUCAAUCUUCCAAUAUGGAAACUUCUUUUUUUCUUAUAGAUAAUAAGUGUGUAAAAUUAAACGAUGUUCGUGGUUGAAGAAAAAAUUAUAAAAGUGCAAUUAAAACACUGUGGUAAAAAUGUAUUUCCUUAAGAUCGAGACGUGAACAAUUGAAUAGUGAACGAAAGUGCAAAAUGCUUAACUCGAAAUAUUAGAUAUAAAUCCAUACUGAAAGCUUUUUUUGUAGACAUUAUUUGUAUUCAAGACUUACUUAAUCUUAAUAAAGAAAAAAAAA